GUUUCCCUCACUCCUCACUCGCACUUGAAGGGUUCGCCAAGAAAAAGUAAAAAGCAUCGCAGUGUCUAUCUUGUUUUAGCUUCUUACGACUCUCACCCAGAUGAGCUUUAUGGGGUUUCUGAGAAUGCAGCAGGGCUUGAAAUUGACUCUUCUGAUUUGAGCUUUUCUUUCUCCCUGUGGGUUCUUGAGUUUACGGGAGUAAUGGGAAAGAAUGGAUUUGUUUUGGCUCUCAUACUCAUGGGUUUGCUCGGAUGUAUCUCAUCAGCUUCAGCCACUGAUCUUGCUAAAAUUGUUAGUGGGUUUGUUUCCAAUUCUUUCUCUGCUCUUCUAAAAUGGUUGUGGUCACUUAAAGCAACUACCAAAACUGCGAUUUCUGGCCGUCCGAUGGUGAAAUUCGAAAGUGGUUACAGUGUAGAGACGGUAUUCGAUGGGAGUAAGCUUGGAAUCUUGCCGUUCGCAGUUGAGGUUUCACCCAGCGGAGAGCUUCUGGUUUUGGACUCUGUUAACAGUAAAAUUUACAAGAUAUCCUCACCAUUGUCACGCUACAGCAGGUCAAAACUGGUUGCUGGAUCGCCUGAAGGUUACUCUGGACAUGUGGAUGGGAAGCUUAGAGAAGCAAGGAUGAACCAACCAAAGGGACUUACUGCGGAUGAUAGGGGAAAUAUUUACAUAGCAGACACUAUGAACAUGGCAAUCAGGAAGAUCAGUGAUGCAGGGGUUACAACAAUUGCAGGAGGAAAAUGGAGCCGUGCAGGGGGCUAUGUUGAUGGGCCAAGUGAAGAUGCAAAGUUUUCCAACGAUUUUGAUGUUGUUUAUGUUGGAAGCAGCUGCUCUCUUCUUGUCAUAGACAGAGGAGACCAGGCUAUUCGAGAGAUACAGCUGCAUUUCGAUGACUGUGCCUACCAAUAUGGGAGUGGUUUUCCUUUAGGGAUUGCUGUGCUGGUUGCUGCUGGCUUCUUUGGUUAUAUGUUGGCUUUGCUCCAAAGGAGAGUGGGUACGAUGGUCUCUUCCCAGAACGAUUCCAUAAGUGGUAAAAUAAGCUUUCCGUCGAGUCCAUAUCAGAAGCCACUGAAAUCAUUAGUCAGGCCACCAUUAAUCCCCACUGUUGAUGAAACAGAGAAGCAAGAAGAAGGCUUCUUUGGUUCACUUGGGAAGCUUUUCCUCAAUACUGGUGCCGCUGUGGCAGAAAUAUUUGGGGCGUUGUUCUCAGGUUUUAGAAGAAAGCCACUGACCAAUCAACUGCAACAGCAGCACCAGCAACAGCUAAAGCGCCAAAAUGCUUGGCCUUUGCAAGAAAGUUUUGUGAUACCUGAUGAAGAUGAGCCACCGACUAUAGAAACAAGAACUCCAACCCCAAGGAAGACCUAUGCCUUCAUGACCAAGGACUCAGAGAAGACCAACCAUUUCCGGCAAAGUCGAGCUUUCUAUAGUGGUUGGGAUGGUGAAUAUCAGCAACAACAACAGCAGCAGCAGCAGCAACAUCAUCAGAGACAAUACUCAUCUGGCCUGAAAACAUACUAUGAGCAGAGUUACGAGACUACCAAUGAGAUUGUGUUUGGAGCAGUUCAGGAACAAGCUGGUCGACGUGAAGCAGUGGUGAUAAAGGCUGUGGACUAUGGAGAGCCUAUUUAUGAUCAUCGCAAUGUCCGGUCUCGUGGCCAUUAUAUGGGUUAUGCUCAUGGCUAUUAAAUAUUAAUCAUCAGUACUACGUAUAAAAGAUAAAAGAUUUUCUCGCCUUUCACCUCUCUUGUUAAUUGACAUUUAAAGAUAUAGGGAACAGGGAGUUUCAACAUGACUUGUGAAGAAUGAAUUGUAAGGACAGCUAUAGUGUUCAAGGAAUGUUGAUUCUCUGAAGUUAAACUCUCAUUAUCCAUU